GAAAGUCAAAAAGAGAACACAAUUUUUUUGUAGGAAAAAUUGAAGAUAUCCCCAAAAUUCGAAAAUGUCGAAAGAAAUCGAAACUUUGACAGAAGAUGAAAGACGAGCACUUCGUGGAAGCAAAUUCGCUCCUCUCCCUACCCUUCCUCGUACCAACAAACCCAAACCUAGAUUGGCUCAUCCUGGUGGACCUGUGACUACGAAUAAAGCAGCGGCUUUAGCUAAGUUUUUGGAGAGGAAGUUGAAGGAUCCUAAUGGAUUGACAUCUAUUAACCCUGAUCUUCUUGAACUUGCUGUUAAUAAUGCUAAACAAACUGUUUAUACAAGUGGCACUUCUAUGUCUGGAAGAAAUGUCCGGCAUGUGGAGUCCUUUGGCGACUCAGAUGCUAGUGAAGAGGAACAUAAUGGUCUCCCUGUGGUAAAGGAAUGCAAGAAGAGAAAGCAGAAGAAACAAAAGAAGAAAAAUAAAAAACGAAAGGAAGUUGAAGACACUGGAUAUGCUGUGGUGAAAAAAAAACCUUGACAGGUUUUAAUUAUGUUUUUGUUUAAGGCAGUGUAGCAUACUUUUGGAAUCGAGGAUUGAGCCAGUGAAUUUUUGUACCAUGGUUUUUUUCUUCAACUGAAUUUGCUCGUUGCAAGUAAAAUGGAGUCACUAAUGAAAAUAGUUUGUUGGAUCUUUUGCUAUAAUUUAUGUCUAAGAUGAGCUACAACAUAGCAUUAUGAACUUGUUUUUGAUUUUCAGUUUCUUUCUUUCAGGAUGACAAAUGCAGGUAGUAGGGUGUUGUCAGACAAAUUGUUAUUCAUUCGAAUGGGGUAAAAUAUGAAUUUAAGAAACCAAUUCAUUAGGUUAGUAUCAAUAUUAAACAACUGUGUUGCUUUGGAAAAUACACAUGUUAAAGUUUUACACAAAUUUGUCUUGUGAAAUUUGGGUCUAGUUCAUUAUAAAAAAAAAAAAAAAAUGGGUCUAGUUUCAUUUUCAUAGGAAUUAAGUAGGACCCUAUCGAUAUUUUUACAGAGAGAUGGACUAAAAUUUCACAUGACAAGAGCAUAUGAAGGUUUGAAGAAUUUAUUUGUGUAUUUUGGUAUGUUUCGCAUGCGGAACUUUUCUGUUUCUUUGCAGAAGGCUGUGUAAUCUUUCGAUUUUCCAAUUUGUCUAUGUUUAUAUUAAGA